AUGAACCGGCCUGGGCGCACGGCCCCGGGCUCGCUGCUGUCGGCGCCGCUGCCGCUCACAGCGCUCCACCACCUCUACGCCUGGGUGGACAGCGUGCCCUUCAGCCGCCCCAAGCGCCACCUGGCCCGGGACUUCAGCGACGGCGUGAUGAUUGCAGAAAUUGUGAAACACUUUCAGCCCAAACUUGUGGAAAUGCACAACUACAUCCCGACCAGCAACACCGAGCAAAAGCUGAGCAACUGGAGCACCCUCAACAGGCAGGUGUUCCCUAAACUACGCUUCUAUGUCUCAGAGGAGGACAUUCGGAGGGUCGUCAUCAGCACCCCAGGAGCCAUCGAGUCUGUGCUGUCUACCCUGAGGCAGAAAGUGGAAGAAAAAUGCCAAAAGAAGGCCACCCAGGAGACCAGGGUAAACACAAAGGAUCCCAUUGGAUUUGACAGUAUCAACAUCAACAGACACUUGGCGGAACUAGAAAACUCCAAAUCUGCUGACUGUCCGACUACCAGGGUGCCAUCAGGCAAGAAAAUUCCCAGCCAGAAGGGGGAGGACAGAAUCAGUGACUACUCGGGAAGGCAGGACUCGGGCUUCGGCCAGUGCCCACACAAUGAACCCAACUUCCAGCAGUUACUGGAGGAGAAGGAGCAGGCUCUCACCAUGCUACAGGAAACGGUGCAGAUUCUACAGAUGAAAGUGCACAGGCUCGAACAUCUAGUCCAGCUAAAGGACAUGAGAAUUGAAGAUCUGACGAGACAUCUCAACACCCCAAAAUAGGGGAGACACACACACCCGGCGUGGUGCGGAGCGUGGCCUCGCCUCCCGUGGACAGGUCCCUGCCUUCUGGGAAGUGACCGACCUCUGCUCACUUUUUGGCCUGAGAAAAACCGAGGAAGCGCCCCUUCUCCUCUGGGCAGCAGCCCCCUGCCUGCCUGACCUCCCUCCCUGCCUCUCCAUCUGUCUCCCUCCCUCUGCCCCCACCUACACUGGACGGCUCUGUGUGCACCGCUGGUCAGGGCCGGCCUUCCACCCUCCACAGCUCAGUGGGGUCCGUCUGGACAAAGGGGGCCCUUUGCGUGUAGUCGUGUCCACCCCCCGGGAAGUCUAUCGAGGGACUCCCCCAUCCUAGCUGAGUGAGACCGGCUUAAUGGGCUGCCCUGAUGUCUGGAACCGUGUGUGCGUGGCCACACGCACACGCGUGUUCCGGCUGGGCGCCGGUCACUACUGCUCCCUCUGGUCAUGCCACGUCAGACCAGUCGUCUCUGCCUUUCAGAGUGUGUAGAUGAUGAGCUGUAGGCCUGGAAUUACUUUUACAAUUAAAGGAACAUGGCUAGGA